AUGGCCAAGGGGCGCAGGCGCGGGGCGGAGCGGCUCCUCAGCCCCACCGCCCGUUGCGAUGGCGGAGGCGCCGCCGAUCUUCCCGACCUCUCCGAGGACGACGUCUGGCCCGCCGUCCUCACCGCCGCCGACGAUCACCCGGCCUUCUCCGCCGCCGUGGGCGACGGCGACCACCACGAUAUGGGCCGGCCCGGGACGGGCCUCACCGGCGCCCGCCGCUGGGCCGAUCGGCACGUCGGCGGGCUCUCCCUGGCAUUGGAGGACGCGUACCCAGGGGCGCCGGCCCCCCAUCCGCCAUACGAGCGGCACCGCAUGGUGGCGGCGGCGGCUUCGGCUCCCGUGGACGUGCCGGCCUGGCCGUGGGCGCUCCGGACCCGCUCUGGAGGGCCGUCACCGGAGCGGGAGGAGGAAGACGCGGAUGGGGAGUGGCUGCCGCCGCACGAGUACUUGGCCAGGGCGCACGGGAGGUGCCUGGCGACGUCGGUGCUGGAAGGCGCGGGGAGGACGCUCAAAGGCCGCGACAUGAGCCGGGUUCGCGACGCAGUUUGGAGCCAGACCGGCUUCUCCGGUUGA